CCAGCAGCGCUCCGGUCCCUGCCGCGCGUUCGUCGCUGUCCCCGCUGUGAUCCCGCCGCGCCGUCGGAUCUGGGCUCUCGGCCUUUCACGGCCCACGCCGCCGCCUCGCGUGUCCAGCCUCGGGCGAUUGCCCGCUAGCGGCUCCGGAGCGCAGCCGAGCGAGGUCCAGGGCAGGCGCUGUCCAGCCAGCGGGCCGGGCACAGCGGCUAGGGGCGAGGAGCGUGGACGUCGGGGCGACCACCAUGGUGGCCACGUGCCUGCAGGUGGUGGGCUUCGUCACGAGCUUCGUGGGCUGGAUCGGCAUCAUUGUCACUACAUCCACCAAUGACUGGGUGGUGACCUGCGGCUACACCAUCCCUACCUGCCGCAAGCUGGACGAACUGGGCUCCAAGGGGCUGUGGGCCGACUGCGUCAUGGCCACCGGGCUGUACCACUGCAAGCCCCUGGUGGACAUCCUCAUCCUGCCGGGCUACGUGCAGGCUUGCCGAGCCCUGAUGAUUGCGGCUUCAGUUCUAGGCCUGCCGGCCAUUUUGCUGCUGCUGACUGUUCUCCCCUGCAUCCGAAUGGGCCACGAGCCAGGUGUGGCCAAGUACAGGCGGGCCCAGCUGGCUGGCGUUAUGCUCAUUCUGCUGGCUCUCUGCGCCAUUGUCGCCACCAUCUGGUUCCCUGUGUGCGCCCACCGUGAGACCACCAUUGUGAGCUUUGGCUACUCCCUGUACGCGGGCUGGAUCGGUGCUGUGCUGUGCCUCGUGGGUGGCUGUGUCAUCGUUUGCUGCUCUGGAGACGCCCAGUCGUUUGGUGAAAACCGUUUGUACUACUCUUCCGGCUCCAGCUCGCCUACUCAUGCCAAGAGUGCCCACGUAUAAGCCAGCUGCCAGGCUGCCCACGGGGUGCUGUAGGUGCUGGGCCCAGAGCCCUAGGUUUGCUUGACGCAGUGGGAGCGGGGAGCCCACUUCUCUGCCAGGCACCAAAGCCAAAGUCUAGAAAGCAGCCCACCUGGCAUUUUGUAGUCUUAACAUCACCUCUGCCACCUUUGGGUUUCCCUUAAAAGAAACCUUUAGCUCAGAUAAUGCCUGUACAGUUUUCUCAUGGUAAUGCCCACUAUUAGCUCUUCUCCUGGGAUUCCUUUCUUGUUUAUUAAACAUUUUUUUGUUUCUCUUUAAAUUUUAAAUGUUUCACAAACAUUGCUGAUUUGGGAAUGGGUGGGAUAGAGAAAUAAAAGACACUUUUCAAACUGUGACAGAUGACAAUAGGAGCCUCAUAAAGAUGCCUCUGUGUUCCCUCCCUCCUCUUCAGUUCCAAGGUCAUUUACUCAAAAGAGAUGGUGACAGACCAAAUGGGGACAGAGGUGGGGGGAGGGGAAUUGUGGGACUUUCUCUUCCUGGGAGAGUUUCCCUUUUAUAAGUAGAGGGCAAGGGGUAGGGAUAUUUUUUAGUUUGUGAUUUUACAUUUACCUGUACAUAAUUUUUCAAGAUUGAUCAUUUUUAUAACCACUGUUUUCCUGAAAUUCUCAAUUCAACAGUAUGAAGGAAAUGAACCAAGUAGACUUUAAUUAGGCAAUAAAUAACAGUAAAAGUGAGUGUAACUUUAACUGACAUUCCACAAAACAGUUUUGAUUUCCAGGUUUGUAUGAUGUAGUUUUUAAUCCUGCAUGUGCUUUGAAUUAACACAGUUUUAAAGCUUUUCCCCCUUUCUUUCUCUGUUUUUAUUCUGGUAUCUAUCUUGCAGCAAUGCGGUUUAACAUAAACUAUACUGUUGAAUUUGGCUUUACGGGUGUAAACGCUGAUGGUUUAUCAGUGUCCGAGACCCCAGAUUCUCCAAACAUAGAUGGUGCAUUUUGUUCUUUAAGAGAAAUCUGUGCAAUAAAAUAACAAACUGUCUGCAAAA